AGCCAUGCUGGUGGCCAGCACUCCGAGGAGUGGAGCGCUUUAGCAGCAAUUAGCAGCGAGCCGAAGGCGGCGGCGGCUGCUGCCGCUGCAGCCCGGGAGGAAGCGAGGGCAGCUCCUGGGGCUCCCUCCGCAGCAGGCACAGCUCUCUCCAACUGCAAAAGGGUUUCAGAUGUCCCACCGCUGCUUGACCUCCUGCAAAUAAGGGUUGACCACCAGAGGCACAUCCCACCUCUGAUUUACCUUUCUGCAUCUAAGAUGGUGAAGAAAGGAGUGAGGAAGAGAGCAAAAUAACUACUGGGAAGUCUCAAACCAGCUCUUUUUUCUGAGGGAGGACUCGAAGGAUUAAAAGGCAGCAACUUCUGAGGCGAUCUGUCCCCUGAGUUAUGGAUGUUGGUGCACUUACUUCAGGCCAGAUCAGAGCUCAGAGGGAUCUAACCAGAAGCAGCAACCACCGGCUCUCCACUUGCCUUUUACCAGGUUUUACCCAUCCAGUAUGUUUCUUUUGAUAAGACAUUUUCCAACGCCCAGAGUUUCAGUACAAUGUGCAAAUGGAUACUGACAAAUGGUGCCUCAGCCUUUUCCCACCUGCCUUGUUGCUGCUUGCUGCUGCUCUUCUUGGUGUCUUCUGUGCCUGUCACCUGCCAUGACCUCGGCCAGGACAUGCUGUCCCCGGAGGCCACCAACUCUUCUUCUUCAUCAUCCUCCUCCUUCCCCUCGUCCUUCUCCUCUCCUUCCAGUGCGGGGAGACACGUGCGGAGCUACAAUCACCUCCAAGGAGACGUGCGCAAGAGGAAGCUCUACUCUUACAACAAAUACUUUCUCAAGAUCGAGAAGAACGGCAAGGUCAGCGGCACCAAGAAGGAGAACUGCCCGUUCAGCAUAUUGGAGAUAACAUCUGUAGAAAUUGGAGUUGUGGCAGUUAAGUCCAUCAAAAGCAACUAUUAUUUAGCUAUGAACAAGAAAGGAAAAGUCUACGGCUCUAAGGAGUUUAAUAGUGAUUGCAAAUUGAAGGAAAGAAUAGAAGAAAAUGGAUACAACACAUAUGCAUCCUUAAAUUGGAAGCACAAUGGAAGGCAAAUGUUUGUUGCUCUGAAUGGAAGGGGAGCCACAAAGAGGGGACAGAAAACAAGAAGGAAAAACACUUCAGCUCACUUUCUUCCAAUGGUAGUAAUGUCAUAGAUGAAGGAACUGUUUUAUCAAUGCAGAUGAACCAAAGGCUCUUAUGUCACUAAUAAUUGGUAAUCUUCUUGAAGAAUAAUUGCAAAGAAAUAGUGCAGACAUCUGCUUGUUUGAAAAGAGCAGGGGAAGCCUCUGAAGUUUUUGUACUCAUUGCUGGCAAAUGAAAUGCUUUUAUUUAGUUCAGUGUUCUAUCUUAAGAGCAAGAUAGAAGCUGAAUCAAAGGGGAUAUAAGUCAUUGCCAGUGUGAACAAUUUUUUUUCUCUCUGCAACAGAACUUAAGGAAUGUGAGACAAUCUAAUGAAUGAUCUUCGUGGGGAAAGUUAUUUAUGGAAUACUAACUCAUAUCAAAGACCUUAAUUGCUCAUUCAAGCCUAUGAACAGUUAGACAUGCAAGCAUUUACUGGAAGCACUUGGGUCAUAUGCACAAAAAAAGAUGCUUCUGGAGAAGCCUUGUGGAAGAAUGGAUAGGAUUUAAGAAUAUAAGCAAAGCAGUAUCAAACUGUUCUAACAAAACGAAUACUAUGGUUUGCUUGUAUGUUCUAACUUCACUCCUUUUUAUUUCUCUCUAAGUUAUUUAUUUAAUAGGAUGUUAAAUAUCUUUUUUUUUAUUAUUAUUUGAAAUGUUUUCCUCAUUUGCUUCUUUGUUGUUUUCCCUUUUUCUCAGUGCUUCACACAGGGCUGAUAAGUUAAAAGAUCAGAACCUUGUAAGUACUGUGAGAAUAGGUAAUGGACAAGGCUUUAAAGGCAGAAUUUCAUGUGUAUAAUCCAUUUUUUUUCCUAACUCUCUUGCACUUAAUCAAAAGACCAAACAUGCAGUGCUUGGAUUAAUGGUAUUGUGUGUCUUUAUGUUUGAGAGGUUUUCUUACAUAUUAGCACUCAAAAACAAACUUCAAGAAAUACUUCAAAGGUACUUUCUGCUAUUUUUAAACUGAAAGCAGGGUCCAUCUCUGUACUUGGGUAUCAAUGCAUCUGCUUGUAUAUUCGUCUGACUUUGAUUUCAUUGUGGAAUUAAGAACAAAUGCAUUGCAAUCAGUAAGAAAUUUUGCAGCAAGCACUGGGCUGACACCUGGAUGUAGACAGUCCUAUUAGAAUCACUGAUAAUGCCAUUGUUUAAAUUAAACAGAAUGAACUUUCCAAGUGUUAAAUUUGGUCUCUGAAAGAUGAGAUAGCAACACAGCACACCUUAUUCAAUUAAUAUUGCCAUUCAGUGCAUUUGUCCUUGUUAAGAGCUUGAAGAGUCACAGAAAAAGAGUGGGAGCAAUACCUAAAUAAGGACUGAGGGAUAGGGAAUCCAAAAUCAUGCUCAUGCAUUUAUCAGAGAUUAUUACUCACAUGUAUAUUAUAUAUGAGAGCCAACAAAAAAGCUGUGCUGGUAUCCAGCUUUAGCAUGCCUUUCAUAUCCACCAUAGUCACUGAAGGCUCCAAAUGCAUAAUAUCCAGCACAUUUUCAUUAAGUGUUGCUAGUCCCAUGGCUUAACUUGAGCAACUGCAGUAUAACAAAAUUUAGCAUAAUAUGAAGUCUGUUCAAUUAAAGGUACAUAAGGUUUGUUUUAUGUUUUGCUUUACUCUGUAAUUUUAUAGAGCUCUGGAUAGCUCACCAAUGUAACCAUACUGAGAUUCAUUUUGUUAGAGCAGAUAAAUAGAAAGCAGUACAACAAAUAAUUUGUACCACUGUCUUCACAAUGUAUUCCACUAAAUAAAUAAUUAAGCCUUUGCAGUGUCUGUAGUAAGAAACAGAAGUAGUACAAUAUUAUUUUGUUCUAAAUACUUUUAAGUAAUAACUAUGAGAUUAUAUUGAUGAUGCAGUUUUAUCUUCAAUAUUUCUUGUUGUGAAAAAGUCAUUUUUAUUUUUAUUGUUUGGAAACUGUAUUUUGGUACAAAGGAGAGCCUUGCUUAAUGUUUCUUUUGAGAAUGUUUAACCUCUAUAAAGGCUGGUGUUGUUGGAAUCUUCUUUAAGUUAUUUAAGUCAAUGUUUAACCAGCACUUCAAUCUUAAUCUGUUAUUUAAAUAUUAGCUGUUAAAAAUAAUAAUAAUAAUAAUGAAAGAAAGAAAAAAGGAAAAACAACACACAAAAAAUAAUAGGUUUCCCAUAAAAUACAAAGUGGUCAGACUGUAUUUCCUGUUCUUGAAUAAAGUCAACUCUUUUAAAACCAGAAAGUAAUUUGAGACACAACAUUCUAACUGAUAGCUAA